GCUCGGAAAUCGCCUUUCAGCACGAUUAGUGUUGCAACCAGAUUCUCUGCUGUGCUGCUCACAGAGAACCGUCAAAAUUUCCAUCCUUGAGGAUCUUGAGUUUGCGGAGGAAGAAAGCAUGGGUGCGGGAGCAAGCGCCGAGGACAAAAAGUCAAAGGAGUUGGAAAAGCAACUCCAAGAAGAUGCUGAUAAGGACUCUAAAACAGUCAAGCUAUUACUGCUUGGCGCUGGUGAGUCAGGAAAAAGCACCAUCGUAAAACAAAUGAAGAUUCUGCAUCAAGGUGGUUACACAAAAGAGGAACAAAUGGAGUUCAGAGCUGUCAUCUAUGGCAACAUCCUGCAGUCUGCUCUGGCUAUCAUCAGAGGCAUGGAGAUGCUCAGCAUUGAUUUCGGCUCGCCCGGUGCCCAGGAGCUUGCACAGAAGCUGCAGAACUUGUCAGACUCCAUUGAAGAAGGAACAAUGCCUGCUGAGCUGGCUGAUGUUAUCCAGAAGCUGUGGAAAGACUCUGGCGUGCAGGCCGGCUUUGAAAGAGCUGCUGAGUACCAACUGAACGACUCUGCUGGCUACUACCUCAAUGAAAUGGACAGAAUCUGCAAGCCAGACUACCUCCCCACUGAGCAGGACGUGCUGCGAUCUCGAGUCAAAACAACUGGUAUCAUUGAAGAACAGUUCUCCUGCAAAGAGUUGCACUUCAGGAUGUUUGAUGUGGGUGGCCAGAGGUCAGAGAGAAAGAAGUGGAUCCAUUGUUUCGAGGGUGUGACCUGCAUCAUCUUCUGCGGAGCUCUCAGCGCAUACGACAUGGUGCUGGUAGAGGACGACGAAGUGAACCGCAUGCAUGAGUCCCUCCAUCUAUUCAACAGUAUCUGCAACCACAGAUUCUUUGCACUGACCUCCAUCGUGCUUUUCCUCAACAAGAAGGAUCUCUUUGAAGAGAAGAUCAAGAAAGUCCAUCUGAGUAUCUGCUUCCCAGACUACGAUGGCCCCAACACGUAUGACGACGCCAGUGACUACAUCAAGAAGCAGUUCCUGGACCUGAACAUGAAGAAGGGCGUGAAAGAAAUCUACUCUCACCUGACCUGUGCCACAGACACAAAGAACGUCGAGAUUGUGUUCAACGCUGUGACAGACAUCAUCAUCAAAGAAAACCUUAAAGAUUGCGGUCUCUUCUAAGCAGCUCCAGAGUGAAAAGAGAACUUCCUUUCCUACCUUAACCCCUCACACAUUGGCAUUAACUGAGAAGUGUACUGUUGGAGCGCAGAGGAUCCUCAGUUUGUUGUGUUCACGCCAUCGCUUCCAUGCCAAGUCCCGGUCCUUGACUGCUCCUAGCACAUCACCGCCUCCAACAGUACAUCCCUGCAACACAAUGCACGCCCAGCUGGGUUGAAACAACUAUCGAGUCACCAUAUUGUUGUUGUGGACAUACAGCUUUCGACAAGGUUUUCUAAAGUACAGUAUUUGUCUCACGCCAGAAGCUGCUGGUUUGAAGGUAUGAAGAUGAAAUAGUUGCUCAUUUGAUCCUUGUUGCUCCCUUUUGACCACUGUGUUGUGAGUUAUAUAACUAUUAAAACCAAGCUCGGUAAAAAAUAAAUAAGACAAAUAAAAU